GCUUAUUUCAUCAUCCGCAUGGAUGAUGCGAACCUGCAUGCUGCCAAGCUUUUGCAUCAAAGAGUGCCAGCUUGCCGCUGGUGCAUUACGCUGAAGGAAUUCAACGAAUUUGUGCGAGAUGUGCGAGUCGAGUGGAAAGCAGGUCGAGUUCCGGACAGUGCUUCGCAUCCAAAUCCGAGCCAUGAUGACCCGGACUGUGGCCCGAACAUGUACCAGGUGAACCAGCACUUCGUCAAACCAUGCACGCUUCGUGCGGGAGGUAUGAGCUAUGCCCUGAUGAAGCAUCCUGAUGGUCUGGAAUGCGAAGUGUUCAUCUCCCACGCCUGGGCAGAGGGUGUCUUUGAGCUUUCUUCCUCAGUGGCUGGCGCCUGGGUUCCUGGCAUGCACAAUCUGUAUUGCUGCUUGUUGGCCAACCCGCAGAACCUGGACAUCGGGGAGCUGCUGGGCUGCCGGCCCUCCCUGAGCCCCUUCGCCGCAGCCCUGGGCAGCGCCUCCCACAUCAUCGUGGCGCCCAACCGCGCGGUGUCCGUGUACUCCCGGCUGUGGUGCGUCUACGAGGCCUACUUGGCUGCAAACCAGGAGAAAGUCUUCCUGAUACCUUCCAGGCAGAAAGCUUCUAGGUGCUUCCGCUACCACUUCUGGUGGAUCUUCCUGCCUGUGCUUUGCGGCUUUGCGAUUGCAUGCUGCCUUUGGAAGAUGCCCCUGGCAAAACAGCAGAGCUUCAAGAGACAUCUAUUGACGGUGCUAACCGUGCUUACUAUACUCAACCUCAUGAAUUUGCUCCUUGCGGGAUUGUGGCCAAGGCAUUGCCCAAAACCUGCUGCGCUCUGGGUUUUGGAUUCUUUUAUGCUUUUCACCUAUACGUUGGUAGCCUCAGGGUAUUUCCUGAUUUUGCCACCUUACCUGACGGAUGAUCUUGUCGGCGAAUAUUGGUCAAGACGUGCGCUGAUUGUUUUCUUCCGCGUCUUCCUCAUUGCUGCCCUUGCCUUUCUCAGUAUGGGCAUUGUCGGCCACAACAUCACAAACAGCCUGGAUCGGGCAGCGCUGCGAGCUCUUGAACAGGGGCUAAACUUUGACUCCGUGCGGUUCGCAACCUGCUCAAACCCGAAGGAUGCAGCGGCGAUUUGGGGUGAGAUUUCUGACUCGGUGUCUGACGUGGAUGCUGCCAUCCAUAUUUUGGUGCGGGCUGGCGCUUACACCCGAGGAUUGCGUCAGCAGUUUGAUGCCGGCGUGGACAUUCAGGGCGCGGGCUUCACGGACUUUUGCAUUCGCACGGUCCACGCGUCUGCGCUGUGGCUCGUGGCAACUGUCGCCAUGGCGGAGCGUGGCUAUUUCUGGGCAGAGCACGUGGACAUCCCCAAGUGGCUUUGGGUGGUGCCGGUGGUCGUCUGUGGUGCUGCUUCCUGUGCAAUUCCUCCCACUCUUUUUCGGAUUGUGCGCAGAGCCCCGGAGCAUGGCGUCUUCGCAUGCCAGGUGAUGAGCACUUGUGGGAUUUUGACCAUCCUGGCGCCUACUUUUUGGGUGGUGGAGUGGAGUAAACCUGCAACCCUUCAGCACUUGGUGGGCGCCACUCCUCUUGCGACACAAUGGAAGCCGCCAACGCCCCUCGCACUAUUUUUGGCUGUUUAUCCACUCAUCAUGGCCACGUGCUGCUUGUUGCUUGUGUGGUUGGGACCAACUCUGUUGUGGUCGGGAUUGGUCCAGACUCGCAAGAGCACAUGCGAUGCGUGCAUCUCUUUCAGCCGGGGCAAGUCAAAGUCUGCAGAGUCCGACUUUGACUCUGAUGAAGAGAGUGACAGCAGUUUUUCCUCGCACAAAUCUAGCGAAAUGUCUCCACAUGCAUCUUGCUUGCUGUCAGACUGGGUGUAGGCAAGGGGGCGGUUAAAGCAUUGUGGCAACUGGCCACUGUUUGGCUGCUCCCAUGUUCAGUCCGCGCACGGUGUCAGAC